AAAAUGGCAGAAUUAAAGAUGAAAUCUGCUCUACAGAAAUCAUUUGAUGUUGUGAAUCAGAUAUGUAAAGAAUGGACAAAUACUAAUAUAGAAUGUGAGACAAUUAUCAAGUCAUUAUGUAAUAGGUUAGAACAAUAUGAACACUGUGUCAACACCACCUCAUUAGAAAUACCAUUUCAUGCAAUAUGCCAUGACCUUAUAAAUAAAUUACAGCAUAAAAUUAUUGAAGAUAUAGAUGAAAAAUUAUGUGAAAUGUUACCAAAACUUGAUGAGUAUAAAGAAUGUCAUUCUAAAGUGUCACAACAAUAUCAUAAUGUGAUGAAGAUAUAUAAUAAUAAUAAAACAGAGUUAAACCUGGAGAUAAUGACAAGAUGUAAUAUUGUUUAUCCUACACUAUCACAGAUGAUAGAAUAUUUAUAUGAUAUAGAACAAUCAUUAUAUCAACAGUAUCACUGUAAAAAGUUUAUAGUGGAAGAAAUGAUGUUAUCAAAUACGAUAACAUCAGAUAAUUUACUAUCAUUGUGGCAAAACAAUGAACAUAACCUAAUACAUAACAUCAAGGAUUACCUAUGUUAUACAUCACAAUUUAUACAAGAGAAGAUUUCCUAGCAUCAAUAUGUCCUAUUGGAUGAUAUUGAUGAAGAUAUCCUCUGUGGUUCAAUCUUGAUUAAUAUGCAUGACAAUAAGAGAUAAUCCUCAAUGAGAUUGUGUGGUGUCUAAGAUAAGAAGGGCAAAAGACAAAGAUCAGAUAAAAUCAGUUUAAUAAUUUCAACAAAUAAUUACAAUGAAAAAUGACACACAAAGUGAUUAUUAAUUACAGGGAAACUAAUUAACAUCCAAGACAAUUAUAUUAACUGAUGUUUUAGUCAAACAAUUAAUUGAAUUUAAAGGGAUAGACUGGUUUAUUUUUCAGGUGAAGAAUUACACUAAUCAAUCACCCUAAUUGCUAAUUAUGCCUGAAACGAUAUCUAAACCCUUUUUUUUACCUGGCCACUGAGGAAUCAUUUAAAACAUCAAAUUUCCUAUUAUAAUUGAUAUGAAGCCAGUGUUUUCUCGUGAAUGGUUUCUUAGCGUCUUUUGGGAAGGAAUUCUGAGAAUACGGACAUCCGCAAAAGGUUUUGGUUGCCACGAUAUUUAAAUACUUAUAUAACAGUUAAAGAAUUAUUUUAUGGAUUGUGACUUAACACUUGGAUUUUUCAUGUUGAAACUUUCAUUAAAAGGUAAAGGGCAUCUUCCUCUACAUGUUGGCAUGAAGGAUUAUGUAUUUCAGGAUCAAGACCACCAAAAAAAAACCGGUUUAGCCCUUUUAGUAAAGAACUGAUAUUCAGACAGUAUAGAUCUCCCAAUUACAAGCUACAAAGAAAAACGAGACAUAAAAUAAACUGUUGUCAUUAAAUGACUCCCUGACAGAAGCUUUUGGCCUGCAAUUAUCAUUCACUUAGCAAACAUACAUGAAUAUAGAACUAUUCAGAUGUAUCUGAAGGACUGAAACCUUAAUAACUAAUGUGAAAAAUACACAAAAUAAUAUGAAUUGUGUGCUUAAUGAGUAAAGUCAUUUGAAUAUUUUGCUCUUUCAGCUGAUUUUGAGCUAUACAUACAUUUUUUAGAUCUGAUAUAGAACAUUUGGUUCUAUUACAAUCCAACAAAAACAUACUACAGGAAUUAUCCACACAUUCUUAAUCAAAAGACAUGUGAAAGUAGAAGGCUAAAUGAACUCAAAUCCACUUGGUGUAGCUAGAUUUUGACUCCACAUUUGUUUAAGUCACCUAAUGGAAUACCAAUGUUAUUCGAUCAUCAAAUAUUUAUAUAUAAAUAAAUAAUGCAAAUAAG